AGGAGAAUGCAUAUUGCAACUUUAUACUUGCCCACUCGUUCACCUGCAUUCUCGUCUUCUUACAUCUCUUCUAAUACAUGAACGUUGCAUUCACAUCCAGAACCCUUUCUCUCUCGAGACCGCAGCUAUUCAGAGGAAUCAGAAAAGUCCAGAGCUCAUUUGCAACUUGUUCGGUUCUAUCCGCCAACCGUGCUGUCGUAUACACCAGCAAUGGUGACCCUUCACAGGUGCUAUCAGCGCUGACAUUCUCUAACCUACCACCACCACCUCCAAAUACUGUCAACGUCAGAUUUCUUUUGUCGCCCAUCAACCCAGCAGACAUCAACGUCAUCGAAGGCGUUUAUCCCGCCAAACCCAACCCGAACGCGUCCCUCUCAUCCUCUGGGAAAGGUAGUCAAGAUGAACCAGUAUUUGUGGCCGGAAAUGAGGGUCUAGCAGAAGUUACGAACGUCGGUGAUGGGGUCACUCAUCUCCAACCAAAUGACUGGGUCAUCAUGACCAGGCAACAGGCUGGAACAUGGUCUACGGGCAUGAACGUCAAACCACAGGAUAUCUUAAAGGUCCCUAGAUCCCUUAACGACGUAGAAGCUGCUACUAUCACGGUCAACCCACCGACUGCCUAUAACAUGCUCCAUGAUUUUGUUCAGCUCAACGAAGGUGACUGGGUGAUACAAAAUGGUGCUAAUGGCGCCGUUGGUCAGGUCGUCAUACAGAUAGCUGCGGCCAAAGGGUUGAAAACAAUCAACCUAAUCCGUAACAGAAAUGAUAUUGCGUCGUUAACGGAAUACCUCUCAAACCUAGGUGCAACGCAUGUCGUCACCUAUGAUGAGUUGUCUGACAAGAGUUUCAGGCAACGAGUGAAAGAGUGGACAGGAGGAAAGAACAUUCGUUUGGGCCUAAACUGUGUCAGCGGGAAACCUACGACACUCAUGACCCGUUUGCUGGGCCAAAACGCACAUCUCGUGUCGUAUGGUGCAAUGUCUAAGGAACCGCUGUCUUUGCCCACUUCUUUAUUCAUAUUCAAAAAUUUGACUUGUCAUGGUUUCUGGCAAAGUCGUUGGUAUGACAGCAAGAGCUCCGGUGAAAGAGAGAAGCUCGUUGAGACCCUAGUCGGGCUUAUGCGCGCAGGCAAGCUGAAAGAGCCUUCCCACGAGAUCCUCACUAUACAAGGUAGCGAAGGUGAUGAGGAAGCUAGUCAAAAGAUUAGACAUGCGAUUGCUACAUUGGCAAAGGGUCAGCAUGGAAAGAAGAUUCUCUUAAAGAUGGAAGAAACGUUUUGAUAGUGUAUAUUAGGUGCAUAUGGAAGGCCAAACAUGUAUAAUUGCAUCCCUGACUACCGCAUUUUCCUAUCCUCGAAGAAUCUCUUCAAAUGUCGUAGUUGCCACGCACAAGUCGAGACCAGCACAAUAAUCUGGAUCACGCUGUACCAAACAGCUCGAGAAUUAGUCUCUUCGCUAAGAUCUCUGAAGUCUGCUUCUCGCUCGCGCUGAUACUGCUGUUCACGUCUGAUGUCCUCCAGUUUUUGGUUCAAGUCUCGGAUUUUGGCGGCGAGUUCUGACACGUGAGAGCGGUCGUGCUCGAUAUCGGGUUUGGUGGUCCCAACGACAAUAUCGAGGUAAAGUCGGAUGUGCGUGCUGGAGAACCAUGACGUGUAAUUCGUCGAGAGACAUAUCAUAUGGUCGCCAGCUUCGUGAGAUGUGAAUGUGAAGCGACCGUCACUGGGACCUUUGGUCUUGGCGACAGAAUGCGAAGUUUCCAUUUCUUCCACUUCUACCAGUAUUCCAAGAUUUGGUUCUUCCACAUACUCCUGCUUUCCCUCAGACCAUUCUAGUGCUCGGUAAUGUCCCUCGACCACUGUAUCAGUGGGUAAUUCCUCAAUGAAGCAUCGUUUCUCGUUGGCGUCAAGGUAGAAAUGUAAGGCCCUCACAGAGGUUAUGAAGAGGAGAACAGGGAUGAGAGCGAAUGAUGGUCGUAAAAGCAUUUCUGGUUACCCUCUUCCCUCAGCACUUUUGGUGAAAUGUUUUGAAAGGAUCUCAGCU